AGCUGUGUUUAGGAGACUGGGCUGGAUUUUGAGCUGGGAAGAAAAGACAAGAAAAACGUGCUGGCAGUCAGUGCAAAGGAACAGCUUUCUGAGGGAAGAAGUCUUUCAGCCUUGGGGAAUUUUUUUUUUAAAUCCUGGGAGAGGAUGUUUAUCACAGUGAAGUUUGGUGAAGACCAAAAGGAGAUAUUUAAUCCAAACUGUAGAAUCAUUAACUUCAUCCACUCAUUGAAAGAGAGAUGUAACUGUAAGGAAGAAGUUUGCAUCGACCUGCUAGAUGAAUCGGGAGCCCUGAUGAAUUUGAGCGAGCGUGAAAACUCACCUGACUUCGCCAGCAGCUUCCUGAAGGAAAGGCACAGGUACAUCCUGCUCAAAGUCAUCAGAGGAGAUGGUGGUGAAGGGAACAAAUAUGAAUCUCUCUUACUUAACCUAGGAAAAUGCCACCCCGAUUUAGCAGAUGUCCUACAGAAGCUGUCAAACCCCCAGAGAGACCGGGAGAGGAAGAACUGUGUCUCGAGGAAAGGCCGUCAGCACAAAGAGCCUCCGUCCACCCACCCCCACACUAAGAACAAAACUCCCUCCACCAGCAAGAAGAAUUCCAAUAUCAACCACAGAACUUAACAAGAGAACUCCUGACAUGCACUGAGAGGGAAUAGACCGUAUCUCAGAAAUAACUGCUUAGAAUGAGACAUUUGCAAAUGUUGCCUUCAAAGUCCUUACAAUGUUACAUACAGACGUGCUCAAAUUUGUUGGUACCCUUACAGCUCAUUGAAAUAAUGCUUCAUUCCUCCUGAAAAGUGAUGAAAUUAAAAGCUAUUUUAUCAUGUAUACUUGCAUGCCUUUGGUAUGUCAUAGAAUAAAGCAAAGAAGCUGUGAAAAGAGAUGAAUUAUUGCUUAUUCUACAAAGAUAUUCUAAAAUGGCCUGGACACAUUUGUUGGUACCCCUUAGAAAAGAUAAUAAAUAAUUGGAUUAUAGUGAUAUUUCAAACUAAUUAGUUUCUUUAAUUAGUAUCACACAUGUCUCCAAUCUUGUAAUCAGUCAUUCAACCUAUUUAAAUGGAGAAAAGUAGUCACUGUGCUGUUUGGUAUCAUUGUGUGCACCACACUAAACAUGGACCAGAGAAAGCAAAGGAGAGAGUUGUCUGAGGAGAUCAGAAAGAAAAUAAUAGACAAGCAUGGUGAAGGUAAAGGCUACAAGACCAUCUCCAAGCAGCUUGAUGUUCCUGUGACAACAGUUGCAAAUAUUAUCAAGAAGUUUAAGGUCCAUGGAACUGUAGCCAACCUCCCUGGGCGCGGCCGCAAGAGGAAAAUCGACCCCAGAUUGAACAGAAGGAUAGCGCGAAUGGUAGAAAAAGAACCAAGGAUAACUGCCAAAGAGAUACAAGCUGAACUCCAAGGUGAAGGUACGUCAGUUUCUGAUCGCACCAUCCGUCGCUUUUUGAGCGAAAGUGGGCUCCAUGGAAGAAGACCCUGGAGGACUCCACUUUUGAAAGAAAAACAUAAAAAAGCCAGACUGGAAUUUGCUAAAAUGCAUAUUGCUGAUGUAACUUUCACUAUUAUCUGCUGUUUUAUUGAAUUGUGGUUUGUCACACUUGAGAAUUAUUGUAUUUCUUGUUCUUAUUGUAUGACUUAUAUUGUAACACUUGAAUGUAUUUGUAUUUGCUUGCGAUUGUAAGUCGCCCUGGAUAAGGGCGUCUGCUAAGAAAUAAAUAAUAAUAAUAAUAAUAAUAUUGACAAGCCACAAUCCUUCUGGGAGAAUGUCCUUUGGACAGAUGUGCAACAAAAUAUCAGGUUAGCGGUCCCAUCAUUUUUGUCCAUGCCAUUUUCAUUUGUUUUAUUAUUUACAAUAUUAUGUUGAAUAAAAAAUCAAAAGCAAAGUCUGAAAUAUGGAAUAAACAAUGGUGGAUGCCAAUUACUUUUGUCAGUUUCAAGUUAUUUCAGAGAAAAUUGUGCAUUCUUCGUUUUUUGUGGAGGGGUACCAACAAAUUUGAGCAUGUCUGUAUACAGUGUAUAUAUAUAUAUACAGGAUAGAUAGAUAGAUAGAUAGAUAGAUAGAUAGAUAUCUAUAUCUAUAUAUAUAUAUAAUGUUGGUAUUUUCUAUUGCGCCAGUGAAAUAUUUCAAUAAUAGAAAAUAAAUCAUGAUUAAAUGUAUCAUGCCAUCACCUAAAUCCUAAAUUGUUUGCAACUAGUUUUGUAACAAGCUUCCUUUUUGAAACUUUUUGCUGAAAAUAUACAAUAGUAAAUGUAUAGAUACCCUUUAAGAAAUAUAUAUAAAAAUAGUAGUUUUGGACACAUAAUAAAUAUAUUUUUCAUUUAAAAUUGUUUUCAUUAUUUUUCCAUUGCUGGGGAAAAACUGGCAUCCUCAUAUGAGGCUAUCAUACAUUUGCAUCUUCUAUUGCUCCAGUGAAAUAUUUCAAUAAUAGAAAAUAAAUCAUGAUUAAAUGUAUCAUGCCAUCACCUAAAUCCUAAAUUGUUUGCAACUAGUUUUGUAACAAGCUUCCUUUUUGAAACUUUUUGCUGAAAAUAUACAAUAGUAAAUGUAUAGAUACCCUUUAAGAAAUAUAUAUAAAAAUAGUAGUUUUGGACACAUAAUAAAUAUAUUUUUCAUUUAAAAUUGUUUUCAUUAUUUUUCCAUUGCUGGGG